GGAACUGUCAGAAGACAUCAGCUUCUCUUUCUUGACUGUGUGAAGCCACCAGAUCACCACCGUUCUCCACAUCAUCAUGGGAGUCAUGACUGUGUCUGUUUUCUGCAUCCUCAUCUUCCUGGUGACUGGGGGUUCUGCAAUUCCAGGCCAGAAUUAUUGUAAAUCUGGGUUUUCUCAACCAAACCCUUACUCACAGAUUUGCUACCUUGCGGUCUCAGAGUUAAAAUCUUGGGCUAGCGCACAGGAGCUGUGUCGUCAAAAAGGUGGAAAACUAGCUUUUAUUGAGAACAACGAUCAGUUAAAAUAUGCUUAUGACAUGAUACCAAGCGGAUAUUUCUGGGUUGACGGAGACCAUGAGUCCAGAUUUAUCCAGGAGAACUGGAUGAAGGGUUAUCAGCCAGAUGGGAUACACACCAACUGUUUGGUAUUGGGUAAAUACUCUGCGGUAAAAGGCUUUAGGCAAGCUAGUUGUUCAGAAAAAGACAACACUGCCAACGUUCUCUGCCAGGCGGAUGUUAUCUACUGAAGAGUCCACUCGGAGAAUGCAAAGGGAUCUUGUUUUUGUUCUAUCACACGCACACUUUUACUUUAAGUAAAAAUGUAUGCAAUGGCUACCUACAUAAUUUUUUCAGUUGUGACUUUUUUACGUUUUCUUUUUUCACAAUGGAAGUCCCUGUAAAAUAUAAUGCAUGACCGAAUGUUUUUUUUUUUAAUAUAUUUUAAUAUUUUUACACUAUGAAGUACACACUGAAAUUGUGAACAUUAUGAUAAUUCCCAGUUUGAGUAAAAGCAGUUUGACAAAGAUGCAUGGAAUGUUGGGGGUUUAUUAGCCAUAUAGUGAUGAUUUAAAAAAAUACUAUUACAAAGCAUGCAUGUUUGCUUUUUAGACACAUUACCAAUAUUGUGGUACCAGUAAAUUGUUAUUUGGAAUAUUUAAAUAGU